UGAAAGUUAGAUUUUGUCAUAUCCCAAAAGCCGCUCGUCGUCAUCAAGCUCCUCAAGACUCCCCGACAUACCUAAAUUUACCAAUGGCCCCUUCAAAGAAGUCUAAGGCGACCAAGUCGUCCGAGUCCAUCUCGUCUCGUCUUGCGCUUGUCGUCAAGUCGGGGAAGUACACCCUUGGUUACAAGUCUGCCCUCAAGCAGAUGCGCAGCGGCAAAGCCAAGCUCGUUCUGAUUGCUGGCAACUGUCCACCACUACGCAAAUCUGAGCUCGAGUACUAUGCCAUGUUGUCGAAGACGACCGUGCACCACUUCUCUGGCACGAACGUCGCACUUGGCACUGCCGCCGGAAAGCUUUUCCGUGUCGGCGUCAUGACUGUUACCGAUCCUGGAGACUCUGAUCUCCUCACCUUCGCAGAGGGAAACACUGCAUAGACCCAAAAUUGCAAUGAGACGUCGGAAGUAUAGGCUUAUGCGCUCCAUUAUAGCCAUACUUUGUGCAUCAGUAUGCUAGUAAUUAUGUUUACUACUUGUCGUUAUGAUUCAUGCAUGUGAGGAUGCCGCAAAAUGUUCACUGAACAUAGCCUAUCUUGUCUUUAAA